CUCAUUGAGUUAUCAAAUCACUUAUAUAUAUAUAUAGGUGUAUUAUAUAUACUAUCAUAAGAGAGUUCACUACUCAUUCCCAAUGAGGAUUUCUUCUUCUCUUUUCCAAUGGGCACUUCUAUGCUCAUGUGCUCUGAGUUUCUGCCAAGCUUCUUCAGAGGCUCCAGGUAUUAAAGAUGAAGAUACGUUUUUUCCAUUACCAAAGACACCAUCUUUUAAGAAACAUUAUGACUUUUUUCAUCGCCCCAUUCCAGGAUUUGAAAAGACUCUUCCUCCACCAACUCCCAUUUACAAGCCAGAACCAAAGCCGGAGCCAAAAGUAGAGCCGAAACCAAAGCCAGAGCCAAAAUCAGAGAACAAACCAAAGCCAAAACCAGAGACCAAACCAAAGCCAGAGCCAAAACCAGAGAUCAAACCAAAGCCAAAGCCAGAAAUCACACCAAAGCCAAAGCCAAAAUGCGAGCCCGAACCAGAGACCAAGCCGAAACCAAAGCCCAAACCAGAGACCAAGCCGAAACCAAAGCCCAAAAAAGAGUCAAAGCCAAAGCCAAAAUCUGAACCCAAACCAGAGACCAAGCCAAAACCAAAGCCAAAAAUGGAGACAAAACCAAAACCAGAACCAAAACCAAAGCCAGAGCCAAAGCCAACCAUUCCAAUUCAGAAGCCAUAUCCCCAUCCUUUCUUUAAGAAGCCACCAUUUCAUCAACCCAUUUUUAAGUUCCCACAUCCUAAGAAGCCAUGUCCUCCCUCAUCUUCUUAAAUUAAUAGUGUGGUAGCUCGAAUUUCAUUUGCUUUCAAGUGUUGCAAAUGAAGGCUUCUUAUAUUGGUUGAAAAGGAGAAUUAUAUGGGAAAUAAUAUAUUGUGGUUAUUAAAUAAGGUUGAUUUAGUGUGUAAUAAAAUUGUGUCAAUGUUUCUUUCCAAUGGAGACGAACAUGUGAAAUAUAAUUUAUGGUACUAUCUUUUUUUAUUAA